AUGUCGACUGCUGGUAUUGGAGAAAUCGAUCGUUCAAAGCCCUACCUGCAUCUGAGCAUCGAUGAUGGCUGCGGCCAACAGAAGACCAGAGCACUGUUGCACAUCCCUGGAGAGACAGCUCAAGGCCUGGACAUCGAUCGAAAGCUUGAAUGUCCAGCACUGGUCUGGGGCUGCAAGACACUUGAGCAGCAAUUUAUAAUUUAUCACGACGGACAAGAGCAACGUUUGAAAUGGGGAGAACGAGAGGUUGGAGAAUGGUUGAAUCAACACCCUGAUCAACACACUCGGGUAAUCGAAAAUCCGAAGCUGGCCCUGUGUCCAACAUACGAUGAUAAAGCGACUGGCAGCUUGCAAAAGCUGGUUGGUCGCGUGUUUCAGACCCUAGGUGGGAGGCAUGGCGACCCUGUGAACCUCCGAGAAUUCAAGAUUCUCCAGUAUCGUGAAAUUCGCCGUCGCGUCAUUGAAUGGUACAAGCAGUAUUAUGCUGCCUCGCCUGACUUUGGACCGGACUUUUAG